GGUAGAGAGUUUUGCUCGCCACCUUCAGCCCAUUUCGAUCGCCAAUCAGGCUCUUCCAUUUUUCUCUGCGUCGAUUAGUAGAGCGUAAACCACGCGUCAGUGAGAAUAACAACAACUGUUCUGGGCCACAGAAGUCUCCUAUCUCUUCAACAAAAAUUAGUGGAAAAAUAUAUAAAUGGCAACAACAUUGCUCUUUUCUGCUAUGCAUUUUGUCUUCAUGUUCACUUUCGAAAUUUGAUAGUGUAAAUUUUAGAAAAAUACUAAGUUUAGAAAUUGUGAAUAUUUUAUUUGCUUAGUCUCAUAUCCGUCUAUCGAUUUCUGGUUAAUAACAUGAUGCAAGAAUUAGAAAUAUAGAUGUGACAUUUAAAAACUUUCUAAAAUAGUUACAUUUAAAAUAACUAGAUGUUGCAUACAUGGCACUCUAAAUUUCUUCUAUGUAAUAUUUUCGGUUCUGUGCGUUGAAAUUAUGAAGAGACGUAGAGAGGUCCCGCAAUCUGGUUCUCCAAAUCAUCAACCCGCCACAUUUCAAUCUUAUCUUCAACAUUUAAACGUAUGUUGUUUUCCUUGUACGGAAGAGUACAAUCCCAAAAUGAAGCGAUUCGACAGCUUUUGCACAGUUCGUUUGAUUCUUAUGUGCAUAAGAACUUUAGGAUUAGUCAGCUUAUAUUAUUGUUUUUCAAUUGGUAUCACUUUUUAUCAGAAAUGGUUUAUAAAAGACUUCCAUUUUCCUCUUACUGUUGUGAUUUGCCAUUUGGUUGUGAAGUUUAUUCUUUCUGGCAUGUUAAGAUGUUUAUAUCACAUUAUUACAGGCAGACAAAGAGUGGUUUUAGACUGGCCAACAUAUAUUAAGCAACUAGCGCCAACUGGUGUAGCUAGUGCUCUAGAUAUUGGCCUUUCUAACUGGAGCUUUGAGUUUAUAACUGUGUCUUUGUAUACCAUGACAAAAUCUACAUGUAUUAUAUUUAUAUUAGGCUUUUCAAUUUUAUUUGGACUAGAAAAAAAGAGGUAUUCCCUAAUUAUAGUCAUUGCUCUAAUAGCAGCUGGUCUAUUUAUGUUUACAUAUCAAUCAACUCAAUUUAAUUUGGAUGGUUUUCUGUUGGUACUUACUGCUUCUUUUCUUGCUGGAUUGAGGUGGACUUUAGCUCAAAUGGUUGUGCAAAAGAAAGAGCUAGGGUUAAGUAAUCCAGUUGAUAUGAUUUAUCAUGUACAACCCUGGAUGGUUAUUGGCCUUUUGCCCUUAGCUAUAGUAUUUGAAGGUAUUCCUAUUGCAACUACUGAAAAAGUAUUUCGCUAUAAAGAAGUAAGCAUGGUUAUGACAACAGUAGGUUAUAUACUUCUUGGGUCAUUUCUUGCGUUUCUUAUGGAGCUUAGUGAAUAUUUACUGCUUUUGUUUACUUCAAGUCUUACUCUGUCCAUAGCUGGUGUUUUUAAGGAAGUUUGCACGCUUUAUUUAGCUGUGAAGUAUACAGGAGAUCAUAUGUCAACUCUUAAUUUUAUUGGGUUGUUAGUGUGCCUUAUUGGAAUUACCCUUCACGUUGUUCUUAAAGCUCUUCAUUCAGAUGGUAAAGAAAAUUCUCCUAUGGGGAACCUCAUUGUCUCCUGUUAUCUUAAAUUAUCUUCAAUAUUUCUUUCCUUCUGGACUUUAAGGUAUUCUUCUCUAUCUUUUCUUUUUUUCUUAUGCCAGGGUUGCCAGCUUUUUUUCUUGUUACUCUCUAUGUAUAUGAAGGGAUUGAGAUGGUUAAGUAAUCCAGUUGAUAUGAUUUAUCAUGUACAACCCUGGAUGGUUAUUGGCCUUUUGCCCUUAGCUAUAGUAUUUGAAGGUAUUCCUAUUGCAACUACUGAAAAAGUAUUUCGCUAUAAAGAAGUCAGCAUGGUUAUGACAACAGUAGGUUAUAUACUUCUUGGGUCAUUUCUUGCAUUUCUUAUGGAGCUUAGUGAAUAUUUACUGCUCUUGUUUACUUCAAGUCUUACUCUGUCCAUAGCUGGUGUUUUUAAGGAAGUUUGCACGCUUUAUUUAGCUGUGAAGUAUACAGGAGAUCAUAUGUCAACUCUUAAUUUUAUUGGGUUGUUAGUGUGCCUUAUUGGAAUUACCCUUCACGUUGUUCUUAAAGCUCUUCAUUCAGAUGAUCUAAUAAAAGACAGAGUAAUUCAGGGAGAGCAACAUGAGCUUCAAGGUCUUCAGCAGUUACUAGCAAAUAAUGGAACAAUUUACGAUGAUGAUGAGGAGGAUAUACUAUUUGAGACAAAUUCUGUUUCACAUCGAUGAUUA